AUGCUCGACGAGAACAUCACGUUCAGCGCGUUCCUCGCGACGACGGUGGAUGGCUACAUCGCCCGUAGCGACGGGAGCAUUGAUUUUCUCGACGCUGCGAACGCCACAAUGACGCCCAGGGGUGAAGAUUGUGGGAUAUCGAAAUACCUGGCGUCUAUCGAUGCUAUCGUUAUGGGCCGAAAGACGUACCUUCACGUUCUGUCCAUGGAGAAUUGGAUGUACGGAGACAUACCACUUUUCGUCAUGUCGGGCGAGAUGAAGGAUCUGCCCGUCGGAAGUCCUCCCUCGUAUGAGACGUCUUCCACGAGGAAGAUAAGCAGGGUGUACGUGGAUGGCGGACAACUGGUGCGGAGCUUCAUCAAUGCAUCCUUGUUAAGCGAGAUCACGAUUACAGUGGUCCCUAAACUGAUCGGCGAAGGCCGAAGUCUGUUCAGCGGGACUCAAAACGUAGACAUGAUGCUUGAAGAGUGUCGCCAUUGGGAGUUUGGAUUUGUUCAGUCUCGAUAUAGAAUGAUAUAUGGCUCCUGA